AUGCCAGAAUCAGAAGUGCAGCGGGCUCAGGAGCACCCAACCCAAGCGUCUGGAGAGGCGGCUCAGCCUCAGUGGUCUGCUACCACUGAUGCAGAGGGAUCAGCUUCAGUACCUCAUCGCAACAGCUUUGUCAAGCAGAUUCACGAUUAUCAACAACAACUGGAACUUGAGUAUCAGCAGUUUGAACGAUCUCUAAAUGAGCGAGACACAACGGCCGACCUAGACGCCAUGAACUGGGAAGACCUGGAGACACGCUACAACGACGACAUUGCACCUUGUAUUGCUCGUGAGAAGGAAAUUAUGGACGAGAUCAGUGCUCGCUUUGCGCAAUUCAUGCUGUACAUGCAGGUAUCAAACGAUCAUGAGGCUGAAAGAGCUGUUAAGAGACUUCGAACACGGAUUGCGCUCGCUCAAAACUCUGAAGGACAGCUGGCCCAAAAGCAAGCCCACCAUACGAAGGUCCUGGAGGCGUUCCACAGUGCAAUGGCUCUCCUGGGCAAUGUUUGA